GAUUCUAUAUUUGCUCUUGCUCUUGUCAUCCCUCGUGUUUGAAAGAACAUAAUUUCAUAAACAUUUUUCUUAUUUAACGUUUCAAAUAAUUGUGCAGUUACUCUUUGCGAUGUUUUGACUAUUUCAAUAUUAUUGAAUUAAAGAUUAUACAAUGGGGCUCCAUGAUAUUGGUCUACCGCAAGACCGACUUCCACAUUGUUGGUCGGAUGAUGUGCGAAUGAAUGCUUUAUUUGCACCCUUCCGUUUGAAGUCCGUAAAUCCUGAAUCAUGGGAGAUGAAAAUGAAGUUCUGGUCUGACAUAGUUCAACAAUGGUGUAAAUAUAAAAAGGAUCCAAUUAUAUCUGCGUCAGAUAUGAAAUGCGCCUUUCAGCGCAAAGGUCGUACAGCUGCAUGCAUCGACAUUGUUAUUGAAGAAAUGUUUCGUAAUGGAGACCUGUGUCCACUCUCAAAGUAUCCUCAAAUACUUCACAACGGUGCUGAAGGAUGGAUGUGGUGGGGAGCUAAGCUUGCUUUCAAGCCUGCUGCAUUAGCUUUAACUGCUGUGUCGUCACUGCUACCAGCCAGACAGUCCAUUGACAAUGAUGGAUUACCCAAGAGUACUAUUGAUGCCACACAGAGAUUUGUCCUUGAAAGUGCUGUUAAGAAGCUGGCUACAGAAUUGCUUAAUUCAUACCCUGCGGGUGUCGAGAGAAUAGGCACCAUUGAACAUCAUAUGAAGAACACUGGCAACACCAACAGGGAGACGUUUGAACUGCUCCUUGGUUAUUUGGUGUCUCAAGGAGCUGCCGUUAAGCAGGGAGAUGUGGUUAAAUUAGCUGAGCCGAACAAAAAAGCCGCUCCCGUAUCCGAAAUGGACGUGGCAUUGGUGAAAUUGAUUACUGCGGAACAGAAAUUGUGUGAAGACCUGGGCAGAUUGUCCAAGGAAGUCCUCAUGGUGGACAACGACGUCAGAGCCGCUCUGAAGCUUGGGAAUAGGCUAGCUGCGAAGAAUCAUCUCCGUCGGAAGCACUUAGCUCAACAAAGGGUUGACAAAUGCGAAUCCGCGUUGCACAAUGUCAAGCAACUGCUGGAACAGGCGAGGGACGUGGAUGUCAAUGCAGCUGUCGUUGACACUUAUAGGACGAGUGCCAAAGCAAUGAAGGGUACGAUGAAGGAAGGCGGACUCGAAGAGGACUUAGUACACGAUACUAUGGACGACUUAAAAGAGGUCAUGGACGCAUACAACGAAGUGGGGAAAGCCUUGGGUGGGACCAUCGACGACGAAGACCUGAACGAGCUGGAGGAGGAGCUGAACGAACUGCUCUCCGGACCUGGAGGUGGAGACGGUGGUACUCCAGAGAAGGACAAAGAUUUUUCUACAGAUGUCAAACUCCCGUCCCCGCCGUCGGUCAAGCCGAAGCGGUCGUCGGAGAGGGAAUUCGUGUUCGACGGCGAAGAGCAGAUGUUGGCCGACCUCAACCAGUUGGGCUUCGACGACACUCCGCGGAAGGACAGAGUGGCCGCGGCCGCUGGAGAAACACAAAAUCCCAAAAGGAAAAGUAAAGACUCAAAAUGGUCGCAAGAAAAGGGGAACUGGAGUGGGAACCUGGAAUCCAAUCUUCAAGAUCUAAGUCAGGAGUAUGCCGAACUGCGCUUGGAUGAGAGACUGCAUCCAGGCCAAGAGCUCAAAGUCGACUUUACACAGUCCCCUCGCCACUUCGCGUCCGAUUUCCAAGUGCGCGACCACAAAAGUGAGUCCGGCGUGUGGCUGUUCAACAGCGAGGACUCGCGGAGGGCGGAUCUCGCCACCAGCACCAAAUAUUCUCGCGCGUCCAGCCCCGGCAAGUCGGAGAGUUCGUUCCUAAUGGCCGUGGGUGGGGAAAGGAGACCUCCGUCCCGCUCCUCGCCCUCCCCCACGACCUCCCCAGAGUCCUCGGAUAGCCCCACGCCUCCGAAGGAUAGUCCCGACGAGAUGCAAGACUUGCAGAAGCGGCUCAAUAAUUUAAGAGGUUUUUAAUGUAAUGCUCUUUUAUCAUCCCCGUCGGUAUGCUAGGUGGAGACCAUGGAAUAGGUAAAUGAUGUAGGCACUGCAAGCGUAUCGCAAGUAAAAGGCAAUUUGCAAUAUGGCGUCCCACCAGUCUUGUGCUCUGUCCAUUCGGGGCUAUGCCACCUUCGGGUGGUGGGUUUGGAAUAUAGGGUGGCACAAGUGCGGGCUUACCCUCGGUGACCGCUGCUGCACGAGAUGUGGACGGUGGUAACUGGCAGACACGCAUCUCGCGGUCAAACCCCACCAGGUGUGAGUGCCAGUGGAGGCCUGGCCAGCGGCGGUUGGUUUCCUUGGUAUAGGAAUACCAGUCGGCUCUCCCUACUGCCCCGGAGAUGUGGUUCUUCAUGGAGAGUCGCCGGUAUCUGGUGACCCCCUAAGUAGGUGACCAGAUUCUUCUACGGCACCUCUCGAUCCAAGAAGCGGAGUCAGGUGGUGGCAAGGGAAGGGAAGCCUGGGUCUUGUCCGAGUCGGUGGCGAGUCGAUUCAGUGGCCGAUGUCAAGAUGUUAUAUGCUCAGCGACAAUUACUUCGCUACCGCGUUUUAAGAUGUGACGUCAUCGCUGUGCUUGUGUACAUAUUUGUGUAUUCCGUUGUCUUUACCUUUGUUUUUUUUUAUUACUGAAUCUGAUCAUUUUUUUUAUUAUUUCGAUUCACGUAUAAAUAUAUAUGUACAUAAUUUCGCUAUAUAACUUAGUGCGUGCACAAAAUGUAAUUCUAGAAAUGCGAAAAUUUUGAAAAAAAAUCUAAAAAAAAUCGUUAAUUUUAAGGUAGUUACAAUGUUAACGGAUACUCACAGUCGUUCAUUUUUGACAUGACUAAUUCGCUGUGACUUAAUGAACGUCUGUGCAAGGCAAAUAUAAUUAAUAGGCCUGAACUAGUUAAUUAUUCAGUAGGUAUUCGACGCUUAUAGUAUGUUAGUGAUAUAGGUAAUUAGAAUAUCUUAGUUAAAAAAAUUAACACGAUUCAAACGGGUGUGAGUUUGGCUUUAUCGUGUCAAUGUAAGGAAUGAUGAAUUACUUUUAAUUUUAAAUAAAAAUGCGUGUAUGCCAUGACUGCAUGGUCACGUAUACGCGCAUGGUCACGAAUGCUUGUCAUGAAUAAUUAAAAAUCUAGCGUUUGUAGUAUUUUACAGAUACUUGAUUGAUUUUGUUUAAAUUAUUAACGGCUGCAAUAAACAAUAUUUUUUUAAAACUAAAACGUAUUAAUCGGUUUCUGUGUGAUAUGUAAAUGUAUUGUAUUGUUUAUAUAAUUAUCUACGGCUGAUCCGGUUACGAUGAAUUUCGUUAAGGAAUUGUAUAAUCAUUUUAGGUAUAAUUUGUAUAAAAAUGUAAAUAACAAAAAAAGUGAUGUAAGUGCCUCUGAACACGUCAAAUUUGAUAGCUGCUUAUAUUUGCCAACUUAAGUAGCUCUUAAUUUUGGGGUAUAGAAUUUUUUAGAGCUUUUAUGUGAUAAAUGUUAAGGUAGAUUUGAACCCCUUUUUGCUUAAUUGCUCUUAUCCCCGCCUUCCACUGCCAGCGAAAAGGACCCAUUACGGACUCCGCUACACUCGUUACGAUGAUUUUCAUACAUGCCAUCUCCGCUUUGGUGGAAGCACAUGUAUGAAAGUCAUCGUUACGAGUAUAGCAAAGUCCGUAAUGGGUCCGUUCCGCUGGCAGUGGAAGGUGGGCAUUAAAGUCCUAGGUUUGAUUACUGGACCCACAGAAGGCUUGAAAAUCAUGAAACAGAUGCAUUUUUAGGGGGUUACGGUGCUCCAAUUAAAAAACUGACGGUUUCAUCAAAUACACGUACCAUAUGCUUUAUUUUACUAGUACGCAUGGUCACUUGAUUUGCCGCGCAUGGUCACAGUUUGUCCGUUUGAAUUUUGCAUCGUAAACGUCUAAUAGCCAUUGUAAUAGUAACGAAACAUUAUUUUUGUAUGUGUUGAACUUAAGCCCUGGUGGCCGUAUCUGCGACUUAAACAGAACACUAUUAAUAUACAAAUUGUAUGGAAAGUUUGACCUGACAAAAUAGAGUACUGACGUCAAAUGCCUGACGACUCACGGCUAUUAGACGUCACAAGAUAUAUUUAAAAAAAACUUUGCCGGUUCGAACCUACGACUUUGGGGUUUUCCAUUACAUCAUGGUACAACGCUGGCCGUAAUGACGUGAUUAUUGGACAGCGUUUGACCUGUAUAAAAUUAGUUCUUGGUACGCUAGAACAGUUCACUUAUCGGCGCCAAGUUACGAGAUAAAAAUUAAUUUGUGCCAAUAUCUAUAUUAAUUACUUAUAAAUAUAUUAUAACUAGUCAUUUUUUUAUUUGACACGACAUAUUGAAUUCAUUUUAUACGUUAUUUGUAUUAUUUUUAAAAAGGCGGGAAAGAUUUUAACAUUUACCAAAAUGACAGUUGUCUUUAGUCUUUGAAUUUAUUUCUUACACUACAACAUGGCGGCUGGUUUAAAAAGAAACAUUGACAAUUGUCAAUGUUUCUUUUUUAAUGAAGCAAACUUGGCGGUUUUCCUAAAUUACGUGGAAUAAAGAAGUCUCGGGGAGGUUGUUAGGGGGUACUUCUUACAAUUUUUUAAAACGAAACGUAGUCUUAUACAGGGUGUCCCAAAAGUCGACGUCAAGUCGAAAUUUUCUCAUAGGUAAUGCCACACCAGUUAAAAAAAAAA